AUGUCCAGCGACACGAAGAGAGACAUUGAAGAAGGCACGCAGGUGUACGCCCCAAGAGGCUUCCAUCCAGUGUACAUCGGCGAUGUGUUCAACGACCGCUACCAAGUCCUCAACAAGAUCGGAUACGGCGUCUAUUCGACCGUCUGGCUGGUGCGAGACCUUAAACCCGAGCAACCAGGCCCUGAGCAUGAAUUCCGAGCCCUCAAAGUGCUCAGCGCCGAAUGCUACGACAGCGAACGUCGCUUCUUUGAGCGAGAGAUCUUGACGCAUUUCCGAACCGCAGGCGGCGCUCUGCUCGGGUCCAGGCACGUCUGUCAGCUGCUGGAUGACUUCGAGCACCACGGACCAAAUGGAAUGCACGUCUGCCUGGUUUUCGAGCUGAUGGGUGAGACGCUGCGCACUUUCGGCGCGUGGUUCCCGGAAUGCGAGAUUCCGAACUACUUGAUGCGCCGCUUCACCAUCCAGCUCCUGCUGGCUCUUGACUGUUCUCACACUCUCAAUAUCGUCCAUACCGAUAUCAAACCCGACAACAUCUUCGUCAAAUUCAAAGACCACUCCCGGAUCGAAUCCUACCUGAAGGAAGUCCCAAUUCCCCAGCAAGACCGAUCAGAAACCCAGUACACCGUCGUGCCCUCCACACCCCUCCGCUAUUACUACUUCACCGAAGCCUCCGAAUUCGACAUCGCGCUCGGAGACUGGGGCGUCGCCAGCUGGACAGACCGACACCUCUCCAGCCUCAUCCAACCCGUUGUUCUCCGAUCCCCCGAAGUCCUAAUCGAAGCGCCGUGGGACACACGCACCGACUUCUGGAACCUAGGCGCCGUCGUGCUCGAGUUGUUUCGCGCGGUUCGCAUGUUCAGCGGAUCGGCGGGGCGGGGCGGCCCCUACGAGCUGAAGGAGCAUCUGAGGGAGAUUGUGGAUUUGUUUGGGCCGUUCCCGAGGGCACUUCUGGAGAGAGGGAAUCAGGACCUGGUGCGGGAGUUGUUCGAUGAUGAUGGCACGAUCAAGGAUGCGCCGCCGAUGGUUCGCCCGGCGCUGGCGUCGAAUGCGUUCAUGCCGAAUCUCCAUCCGGAGGUGAGGGAGGAGUUUGCAUCGUUCCUGCGCACGGCGAUGAUGAUUGAUCCUGAGGAGAGGGUUUCGGCGGAAGAUCUCUUGCGUCAUCCUUGGUUGAACGCGCUCCAAUAG